UCAGUUUACACCCAAACCUCGAUACCUUCAAACUAGUGUUUUGCUUAACAAUACAAAAUGGUACUUCUUUGGUGGUGCUUUAGGAGGCACUGAUGACGUUGAUGAUAUUCAAACAUUUGAUACAAAUUCAUUCAUCUGGUAUGAUAUGAUUGCCGCUGGUGAUACGAUCGGAGAACGUGGAUUUCAUUCCGCUGUUUUAGUUAAUGAUUCAAAGAUUAUUAUAUAUGGAGGCUCAACAACAAAUACAGGGAUCGUCGCAACUCCUGAACUCGCAGCAUUGGACAUAAAUACCAUUCCAUUUAAUUGGAUAGCUCUAAAUGUCUCUUCAGAUAGUGCUGCGCCGUCUAAAUCACUAUCACUUACAGGACAUUCUGCAACACUAUAUGAUAACUUUAUGAUCAUCAGUUACGAAUGGGUAUCAUCAUUGAAUAGGAGCAAUGAUCAACAAACUUACAUUAACUCUUCUAAUGCAAUCAUUAUUACCGUUAGUGUCGUGUGUGCUGUAGCAUUUAUUGUAGUUUGUAUUGUAGGUUUUAUUUUGUAUCGAAAAAAACGUAAUGUAGCUCUAGGUGAUAACGAUGGGGAUACUAUUG